AUGGCGUACCGGCAGGCCUUUCCUCUCUUCGCGCUGACCGGCGGGUCGGCUCUCAUCUCUCUGGGAACUUGCCUGAUUAAGCCCUGCUUGGAUGGUCCUAAUACCGGAUUCCUCUACUCCGCACCACCGGCGACUGAGCCCUCUACUGUCGUCGAAUUCUCCCUGAGUACGCCUUUGGCUCAGAUCAUCCACCAAGUUCCCACCUUUUCAAACUACGUCCGAUCCUCUAAGGACCCCCUCAGCACUCCUCUGCCGACCACUCCCAUCCAUCGAGUCGCUAUUGACGACCUUCGAUGCUUGCCGAGCGAGGCGCCGCUACCAAACUACUUCCUUCCGGAACGCUGCACGAUCUUGCCGCCUGCCAGUGUUAUCAUCUCUGUGUCUUCGCCCUCCUCGCCUUCUCUCGCCGUCACCUUCUGCCUGUGUCUCCUCUGCGCUUGGGCCAUCCUCUCUUUCCGUUCUCGUAUCGCCGCUCUCUGCUCCGAGAUCAUGCUGGCUUUGGCUUUUAGGGGCUAUCUCAUGUUCACUCUCGGAGACGAUGUCAUCGACGACUGGACUGGCACGAAGGGCCCUCGCGUCGUGUCCAAUCACAGCAAGGCAUCGGUCAGAGGGUCCUCCUCUCUAUUGCUGUCCUCGUCAAUGGUACCCGAUUCCGAUGUCAACGGCCAUCGUCCUUCGUCGCUGGUUCACCAUUUGGCCGGCCCUUUCUCUGCUUCGUCAGAGGACGUACCUGGUAUCGUAUCUCGAAACGCUGUGGCAGAAGAUUUCGACGCAACUCCCAAAGGUCGCUUCUCUGUAAUACAUCCUCCGCGCUACGCAACUCAACGGGCCACCGACGGCGAUUGCCGCUAUCAAGCGUACAAGCGAGUCUACAUCGGCGCUGAACGCGACGUUGGGCAAGACAGACGCGACGGCCUCAUUGACGGCUCAGCGCACGUUCCGUACAGGACCACAACAUUCGGGCCGCACGAGAAGGACGAUGGCCCAUCGCUCAAUGAGAGUCGUAUCGCCAGAGUGUCCCGCCCUCCGCUUAUGUUACUCGCGAACAAACUCCCGGCAGGUCUCGGAGCGGAGGAGACGGACCCCUCAUUGAACAUUUCCUCGGUCAUGCCGAGCCGGAGGUCUUCCCUCUCCGUCUCCUUCAGCGACGAGCUGAAGUAUCGCAUCCUGAGUCCCUUGGUCGAAAACGAUGGGGAUCGCUUUGCGUCAAACAGCCUUUCGUCGCCGUUCUUGGUAUCGAUCGCGGCGCAGGAGGAGAAACUACCACCCUUGCCUCGACAACGCUCGACGGAUCUACGCACUGGGCAGAAAUUCCGGGACGCGAGGCGAUCUACGGCAGCCCUGGACGCAAGUCGCUCCGCGGCUUUCCGGUACGCCAGGUACUCGACAACUGCCCCGGACACGGGUCGCUUAACGUCUGUCCGUGACGGCGACCGCUCCAUGUCGCAUCGCCGAUCGCUUGACACUGACGACUGGGAACGCUCGUCAACGUCUUCUCGCGCCAGCAAGCUUUCCUCUCGCAUCAGCAGCCAAUCCUUGUCGCGGUCCUUCGGCCGUCUUUCGCUAGACUCAGAAGGUUGGGAGCGGUCCUCGGUCUCGUCUCGCACCAGCGCUAGUUCUGCUUCCUCUAUGCUCUUGCAAUCCUCGGGUUCGUCUGCGGUCUCGCGUCAAUCUCGUCCGCGCAGGGUUUCUUCGACUUCGACCGGUGGUAGCCCUCGUUCCUCGGCCGGCGGCAGCCCUCGUUCUUAUUCGAGCUCUCGAUACUCUUCCUCUUCGCGCACGUCAAGUCGAGCCUCUUCGCCCUCUGCGUCCGAUACUGAGAGCCUGCGUUCACUCAACGACGAAAGCCUGUUGCCCUAUGCCAACGAGAGUCUGCUGUCCGAUCACGACGAUGACCUGCCUUUCGCCUCGCCUUCGACGCCGACACCGGCGCGCAGCAGGGGUUCGACGAAGCGUUGGCAGCGCCCGGAGGUGGGGUGGCCAAGGGAGGAUCCGAAGGACGAGGAUAUGGAGCCGAUGACCGCUGACGGGCAGUUCAACAUGGCGUGGUGGCAUAAGCGGAAGGAGGUGGAGAAUAGGCCGUCGACGCCGUCUGUGAUCUCGGUGGUGGGAUGAGGUGCAUGCCGACUCGAGUUUUUGCAGCGCGAAGGUUGCCGUUCUCUAAGAGCUUUGCGAUUCGUACCAUGUUUUCCAUCCUUUUGUAUCUGUUUGUAUCGUCAAUGUAAUCUACAAACUCGUCGAACCGAUCAGUAAUAUAUCGUAGUUGCGUAUUCUGCCUGCGUGAACCACUACAAUUUCCAAAACUUCCGCCCCGUCGCUUCAUCAUCCUACUUGUCCUCCUCCACUUCCUGCACGUGUCCUUCCACCGGGUGCUUGUCGUCGUCCUCCCUGCUGCUCUCAAUGGAUUCAGCUUCAUGUCGUCCCCAUAUCGCUCGCCGCCUCGCUUCGCGCGCGUCAAGCCACUGCACGCCGGCGCCAACGACAGUAGUGAGGACGGCCAUGACGAUGAGGGUGACCAUGCCCUUGCGGAACUUAGGCGCGUCGGUAGCGGGGUCUGGGGGGUAGUCAGCAUGGGACACGACACGGUGAGGGUCGAGAGGUAGGGUAGU